CUGCUUGCUCAAAAUUGAUUAUGACUUUCAACGUCUGUGUUUUGCAAGUUAGUUUACGCAUAUCAUACGCCUUGUUAGUUUUUUAGAAGACGACCAGUUGGUGUCUUUUGCAAAAAGUGUAAGCAAAACGGCAUUCCAAAUGUUUUAGUUACUACGAUGCACUUUUUAGAAUAGUCUACCACUGUCUAUUACGAAUUGUUUUUUAUUCAAGCAUUUUAUUUAACCGAGAGAUUAUUGAAUGCAACUACAUCAAUAGCAAUGCUCAAGCUAUCAACAGCUUUGAUUUUUUUGCUAAUACAAGAUAGCUGCCAGCUUAAAAUACAUAUUUAAAAAAAAUACAGAAAGUGAGUUUGCUCAUUCAACUGUAUAAUUAUAUUGCGGAUUCUUAAUAUCUGACCCAAGUUCAGCUUACAGCUAUAAACGUUUUACAUUUGCAUUUGGUACGUGCCACAGGGAAAACAGGAAGGGCUUAAAUCUUUCAGAAAAGAAGGAUGUAUGGCAGAAAAACAUAAAGAUGUGCACAAUUAUGGAACGUAGUUAAUUUUAAAAGCAUGUAGCAACAACAAAACUUUCUCAUGCACAAACACGAAAGUCUUGCUCGUUCUGGAUGGAAACAUGAUCAUUCUUACUUGGCUGUGGGUAUUAGUUUACAUCGACAUUACAGAAAGUAAACAUUGGAUUCCAGGACAAGCUGAAGUAGUACAUAAUGUCCACGUUGGCCAUCAUCAUGAAAUAGCCAACCUACCAAUUACGCAAAAGUUACGAUUUAAAGUUGUAUAUGAUGCUAGUGUGAAUCUUUUGUCAUACGAUAAGCAGCGUUUGGUUAAAACAGAUCUCAUUCCAGCAGCUAUACGUUAUUUUCAUCAAACAUUCUUAGUUCGAACGACUGAAGAACCUAUCAAGUUGCAAAGAAUGUGUCAAGGUAAUUCCUAUUUUUUAAAAGACGAGGAUGGAAUUGGACCAGGUCAUGUUCAAUAUUGCAAAUUGAAUUGUCAAAGAACUAUUUGCGGACCGGUUACUGUACCAGAGAGGUUUUUAGAUGACUGCAGAACAUGCAAUGAACAUGGAAACAAAUGCAAGACUUACGUUAAUGAGAAAAUUGCUGCAGAAAAAUUUCGAAAAUCAGAUUUUAUGCUUUUUGUUUCUUCCAUUCAAACAGAUCACUGUAAGGAAUCAAAUAUUGUUGCAUAUGCAUCGUAUUGUCAGCAGGAACAUGCACUAAAUCGGCCUGUCGCUGGUUUUGCUAACCUAUGUCCAAGCAAACUGGAGUCAAAUCCACAGGCGUUCGAAAGCUUAUUAUCUACAGUCAAACAUGAAAUAUUCCAUGCUUUAGGUUUUAGUGUUGGUUUAUUUGCAUUCUAUCGAAACGAAAGCGGCUACCCUUUAACAAAGCGGUUGAAAAACGGUUUGCCACAAUAUAAUACCUUUAAUAAUUUAUAUCAAUGGAGUAAUAACAUAGUGAAGUCUGUUGUCAGAAAAGGGUGGAGCAUUUCAGGAGGUGCUAUUGAUCACGAAGUUCAAAUGAUUGUCACACCAAAUGUGCAAAGAGAAGUUAGAAAACAUUUCAACUGUAGUGACUUAGAAGGUGCUGAGUUAGAAAAUCAAGGUGGAGAAGGGACUGCUUUAACGCAUUGGGAAAAACGAGUUUUCGAAAACGAAGCAAUGACUGGAACCUACACUCAACACCCUGUAUUUAGUAGAAUAUCCCUUGCUCUUAUGGAAGAUACGGGUUGGUAUAAAGCGAAAUAUGAAAUGGCUGAGGAAUUAGAUUGGGGUAAGAAUUUGGGAUGUCUUUUUGUUAAGAACAACUGUCGGGCGUGGAUUGCGGAUCAAAUUGAAAAUCAAAAAUCAACCGCCCCAUUUUGCGCUACUUUAAAGCAGUCUCCUUUACAUAUGAGGUGUACACAUACAAAACUCUCCUUAGCUUUGUGUAAUCUUGUUAAAUACACCUCUAACCUACCAAAAGAGUUUCGCUACUUUGAUAGGCUAGGACAGAUUCCUGUGAAAGAUAUCUACACAUAUGGUGGUGCUGUCGAAUUAGCUGAUUUUUGCCCAUUUUAUCAAAAGUUUACUUUGACUGAAGAAGAUGGGCGUAAGAGAGGAACAACUUGCACGGUGGCUGAAAACGCCCCAACGAAGGAUAAAAACUAUGCUCUAGAGACGUACACUCUAGGUGCUAAGUGUAUCCAACAUGGUCGUCAUUGGACAGCUAAGAAAGGUCUAUUGACACGCACAAUGCUUGACUGGGGUAGUGGAUGUUACAAGUACGAAUGCACCACUGAUGGUUUGCGUAUAAUCAUUGGAGAUAAAAAGUAUGUUUGUAAACAGCAAGGCAAAAAGAUUGAAGUAGAAGGCUCGAUGAAUGGCUGGGCGGUAAAUGGUUCACUGGUUUGUCCAAAAUGUCGCGAUUUUUGUCUUGACAAAAGAUUUUGCGUCGGUUUUAUAAAUGACAACUCACCUCUAGCAAAUUUUGAGACGUUAGACGGGAAAAAAUCGUCUAGUCAAUACAUUAUACCUUCAUUUGCUUAUGUUGUAUUAUGUUUUUAUCUUUUAUUUUUGUUUAUAUAGUUUUGUAUAUAACAAUCCAUAAUGCAUUUUUUUACUAAAUAAUAAUAAAUAAUAGGAAAAGUAAUAAAUAUAACAU